AUGAUGCAGACGCAGUUCAGCAAGAAGGUCAAGUUUUGUGCGCCACGACGAGCUUGCGAGUUUGCGACGAACUCGCUUCAAGAUUUCUACGAAGUCGAAGGCAUCGAGCAACAAACCACGGUGCCAUACGCACAUCAAGCCAAUGGAACUGCUGAACGCGCGAUUCGAACUAUCGUCACCAUCGGUCGUAGCAUGCUCCAUCAUGCCAAGUUGGACAAGUGCUUCUGGGCUGAAGCGGCAAUGACGGCCGUCUAUGUGAAGAACCGUUUGCCGUCACCCAAGUUUCCACACAAGACACCGUUCGAGAUUGUCUACAAUUCUAAGCCAAGUGUCAAGCACAUGCGCGUUUUUGGGUGCCACACUUACAUCUUGACCCCGAAGGAGAAACGACUCAAGUGGGAUCCCAAGGCCCGGGCUGGAUUGUUUUUGGGCUACGAAGAAGUGUCCAAGGCGUAUCGAGUUUACGACAUCGAAGCGGGGCAGGUGAUGAUAAGUCGCGAUGUCAACUUCGAUGAGUCGGCCUUUGGACUGUCGAUGCUGAUUUCCGAUGACGAUGUUGAUGGCCUGGACUUCGAAUCGAUCGAUCUUGAUGAUGAAGAACCGCGUCCGAGACACUUCAAACAAACAGGAAAGCGCAAGGCCCAACCCAGUCACGACAAUGACGACACAAGCAUGCCCCGAGCAGUGCGCCAACGACCCGGAUUGGAAGAGUCAAGUGCGCCGGAUGACCUCUCUUCACGUCGAGCCAACGAAGAUGAAGAAAGGAAGUCGGAGGAACAACAUGAUACACCGACUUCCUCCGCGUUUUGGCAUGCGAGUGCAAACGCCGUCGAAGCAGCGGUCGAUUUUUCGGAGCCGUCGACAUUUGAAGAAGCAGUGUCUGGCCCGGACCAAGUACACUGGCGCAAGGCAAUUGAUGCGGAGCUCGAUUCGAUGAAGCUUCGCGGUGUCUUUCGUGCGGCCAAGUUACCCAACGGACAAAGCGCCAUCGGCACAAAGUGGGUCUUCAAGAUCAAGCGCAAGGCGGAUGGGUCGAUCGAGAAAUACAAGGCACGACUUGUGGCCAAGGGUUUUCGCCAAAAGUAUGGCAUCGACUACACGGAGACGUUCUCGCCCGUGGUCAAGUACGUGAUGCUGUGCAUAGUAAUCGCGAGCACCAAGUAA